AUGACUCCAGCCGCAAUUCUGACAGUCCUGCCAAAGUCUAGAGCACAUACGGAGAACGGCCCUGCCGCCACCGAACCCCUAAGACAAGAUGUAACCGCCUUUCAUGGCAAAAUAUCAACACUCGAAAACCCAGAUUUCGAACACCCGGAUCAGUCGGAAUCAUCAGGACCAAAGUACAAUGAAAACAUCGAGGAUCUCGUGAUCGUCUGCUGUCAUGCUAUCUUCCAUCCUGAUGUCACAGCUCCAGACUUCCCCACGCACAGCCCUCACGAUGAAGGCAACUGGCACCUCGCAAAAUUCCAAAAGUCAGACCCAGCAAAUGGCAAACCUGGCGAGCAUGAAACCUUUCUAGCACACAUACAAGCCAGUCUCAACGUUAUGACGACUGGUCCGAAUGCUACCUGGAAGGAAGAUGUGUCCUGGAAUCAGGACAGCACGAUCGUUGUCUUCAGUGGCGGUGCUACGAAGCAGGCUUUCACACCAUUGAGUGAAGCUCGCUCCUACUACCACGCAGCGCUGGCUCAAGAGCUCAGCCAGGGGCACAUUGGCGGUGGUCGAGCUCAUCAGCUGUACAUUAAAGGAAGGAUACUGCUCGAGGAACACGCCACCGAUUCCCUUCAAAAUCUGCUGUUUAGCAUCUUAUUAUUUCGCCAGACGAUAGGCCGGUAUCCAAAGAACAUCCGUAUCAUCACACAUGCUUUCAAGUCGAAACGGUUUCUGGAGCUCCAUGCACCUGCGAUCCACUGGCCGAAAGAUCGCGUUCAAGUCCAAGGUCUCGAUCCCGUCAUGUCAAGCACUGAUAUUGAGAGUACACUCAAGGGAGAAGAGAAGUACGGAUACACCCCUUGGCAACAUGAUCCUCUUGGGACCGGGGAGAUACUCAGCGAAAAGCGCAAGCAGCGCGGGUGGAAGGACGAGCAAGCCACUAAGCUGAGUGACGGCUUGGAGGCGAGCGUCAAGCAUUUGCUCGAUGGCGAGGCUUCUGAUGAGCUACCCUGGGCGAAGAUGCCGAAACGAGAGGUAAAGAACUCUACUGGGCCACCACCCCUCCGCUACUAG